AUGGCGAACUCGUUAGCCACUUUUCCAUCUCUUCUUCCUCGAAUCGCUGAUGACCUUUGGUUUACUUUAGAAAAAAGAUUAGACGAUGAUGCUGCCCUGACAAAAGAGGAGGAACAGUAUACUGCAUUGGUGCGUCUUCCAAUCCUCAGCUUGUUGAUUUUUCUUUGGAAUUCCCUGCUAGCAGAGGUUCGUCGUGAGAGACCUCUGCUAGCAGGGAAUCUUUGGAAACGCUAGCAUAAUUGUUUUGGCCACGUUACAAAUUAUUUUUACGGCUAGUUGUUGAAGUCUUUUGUGUAUGUAAGUGUCAACGAUGAGCUUCAUAUUUGCAAUACCCGGCUACAUCUAUCAGCGUCUUGUAAAACGAAGAAUAUAUAUAAAACAGAAGAUUCAAGAAUCUAUUAUUGAUGUGGAAAGCUAAGUUGUGGCCGGGUAUUUUAUAAAUGAAACUUAACAUUAUUCACCGAUGCAAUGAAUUGCCCAAAUGUUCGUUAACAUUAUUCAGCAUUAUUAAACGCGUAUUAUCUUAGCACUUAUUGAAUAAUUUUUGAACGAAUUUAAAAUUCCCUAAUCCUGACAGUGUAAGAAGAUUCUGGAUAAGGGCAGUGACAUUCCUCCAAUUGGAACAACUAAAAGCAAAGAUAAACAAGAGGUAAGCUCUGAUUGAGUCACUUAUAUUUUUAUGGUUAACAGAGAACCUAGGGGUUGUCAGAGAUGCCAACCUUAGGAAAUCUAAAAACUUGGAUACUCUCUCUUUUGCAUUACCCCCACCCCCAAAUAUCAACGAGCAACCCCCCCCCCUUGAUCCUGAUCCCCCAGUAAGAACAAUUCGAUCCAGUCCCUAAUUUAUCACAUGGGAAUGGCUUAGGACAUUAGGACAUUAUCUUUGUCAGAGAUGAAAUAUGUGCAAAAAUGCCCCAGAAACCGAAAUAUGAAUGAAAAAAAAAAAAAUCGAAUUUUUGGAGAAAAUGGGAUAACUUCCAAAUUGAAGCACAGAAAAGCUCAUAACUCCAUUUUCCCAUUUUAUUUGGGAGAUUUGGUGACCUGUCCAGGAGACCAGCAGAUUGGUGUUGUAUCUGGGAGAUUCCCGGAUAAUCCAGGAGAGUUGGCUUAUAUGGGUUUUGUACAUUCCUUGUGAGUCCUAGUAAGAGGCCUUACACUAAGAAGAAAAUCUCUGAGGGGCCCAUGGAAAGUGUCUGUAUUGAUGGGGUGACCCUAUUAAGUGGGUUUAAUUUGGAGAAAAUUUAACAGGGGCACCCUAUGACAAUUUUGGAAAAUAUCUGUUCGGAAGACGAUUUGAGAUCUAGAAUUUGUUUGCCUGCCUCUCCUAGGAUUUUCAAAUCCCCCAAAAAUGGUAUAACUGACCAUUUUUAACGGAUUUUUACUCUAAAAAGGUCACCUAGAAUUUUUGAGAGCCUUUUUUCUGGCUGAAAUUUUCAAAAAGGUAAGUUUUGAUCCCUAUAAUUUUCAGAUCACUAGACUUUCAGCAACGAAAUCUGAACAGAUGAAAAAUUUUUAGGGGAUAAAAAUAUGCCUAUAUCUACUGUUUAAAUACUAAAAUACAUUCAACAAUGCUAUGUUUAAGUGGUUUUGAACUAUAUUUUCGUUGGGUGCCCCUGAUUUAAGGGCUUCCUUUCCCCAGGGACAAAGCAAACUGUCCGUAGUAAUGAGGUGUCCGUAUUAAGCGGGUGUCCAUAAAGCUGGGUUUGAUUGUACUUAAAAUUAGGUAUCUGCUACCCAACUGUUAUUAAGAUGCAUCCUAAUUUUCUUGUACUUUUUUCCAUUGAUAGAGAAUGGAGGAAGAAGAUGACGAUCUUGAGGAUGAUGAUGAAUCAAAUGAUGAUAUGGAAGAUGAAACUGAUGACUAUGAAAGUCCUGCAACACCUGAUGUGGAGUCUGUUGAAGGAGAGGUGAUUAUGUUGAUUUUUUGUGAUGUGAAAAUUUUUACAUCAUUGCAAGGAAGGAUGCUCAACACUAUAGUCUCUUGUAAACCAUGAACUUGCAUGGGAACAAAAGGUUAAAAUGUUAAAGGUUUGAAUAUAGUGGAAAGUGCAUGCAGCUUAUCCUGCUAGUUUACAGGCACUCCACUUAAAUACUUAGAAACAAAUAAUUCAAAAUCCCAACUGGCAGAAGACCCUAGUUUGUGGCUAUUUACUGUCAGUUGCAUCUAGGCGUGUACACAUGAGGAAAAAACAUGUCCUAAUUGGGUGCAAGCAUGACAUGUUUUGCCGCCAAACAUUUGAAAACAUUUGAAGUUUGGAGUAGGUGGCUGUUGUCGACUUGAUUUGUUUUCGCUCAACAGAAUAUUCUUUGCAAGACUUUUUAGAUGUUAAGAAAGAGCGGGUCUCAAAUCCAGGACCACAAGAUUGUGAGUCUGACACACUGACCUGUCGGCCAUGUUGCCUCAGACAAAAACUAGAGAGCACAUCUUACACCUCAUUAGGGAUGUCUGAUGAUUGUGCUGGCAUUAUUUUGAGCCUAAUAUUCACUAUCUGAAGUAUCAAGCAUAUGCUGACAUAAUACCCACAAUUUUAGCUCGAUACUUCUAUAGUAAGAUCCGGGGAGGGUACUCAACAAAAUUUUACACAGGGAGGCUCUGCCCAGAUAUCCGACCCCUUUAGCUUUUAUAUACCAUUUUUUACAGAAAAUGUACCAUUUGUAAAUAAAAGGUAUGCAAAAGGACUACCCCUUUCACAUACUUCGGUAAUAACGAGGGGUGCAUAUUAAGUGGGUGUCCCUAAAGCGUUUUCUACACUGCUUAAUCUUUACAUUGGGAGCAGGCCAGACUCUCAAGCCCCUUUCUACGACAUACAUGGACCCAAAAAUAUCGGUCUUAAACGGAUGUGGCUGUACAUCAUGGAAAAGAGCCAGCCUUCAUCAUGUUUUGUUUAGCACAUGAAUUGUGAAGUGAACAUUAAAAUUGGGGACAGCAUUUGAAACAAGGGCUAAGAUGGUUAUCUCUGGCUGCUGAAGGUAUCAACACAUACAAGGAGUACAAUAAUAUUUUUAUUAUUUUUUUUGAUAUCCAGAUUGAAAUGGAUUCAAGUCAAAUUUAG